GACUCGUUCUGUUGUGUCCCAUUGGUACGUUGUUCGCGGAAUCGUAAUUUUUGUUUUCCAUUAAUUUUCAGUUAAAAAUUCUAAUAAGAAAUACUUAUCAUCAAAAUUAUCACCGGAGAAUUGAAUCCUCGAGAGUUCAACGCUGUGCAACCGCCUGGAAUUUAGAGCACGCAAAUGUUGCAGAAAAAUGUGCCUUUAGAAUACAAGAAUCCAUGAAUUUAUAAUAUAUACCGUUCAUCUAGAUAAUAUAUUUAUUAGCGGAAAUGGCAUAUUUAGCCAUUAGCUACGCCGUUUUCCUCGUAUUAUUUGGGUGUAGCAAAGCUGAGGCACUUGCUGCAGCCCAAGCGCCGAAUGAUCCACAAACAUAUCAGCCGACUUACAACAAAGAGUAUCAACCGCGCUACAAUCCUCUCUAUACGAAUAAUCAACAAGUGCCACCCACUUCUCAAUAUGAAAACCCAUUAAUUCAAUCACAGCAAGACCUACAGAACCCACAACAAGGAGGAGGGGGUCUACUGGUUGGUUCGCCGAACCAAAACAACUUCUAUGAUCAGUCAUCGAACACUUUGAGCGGUGGUAUUUAUGGUGGCGGCGGCGGUGGAAGUAUAAGUAAUUAUGAUCCCUUCAAUCGUGGCACCUCGUCCAUAGGUUUUGAGUAUGGGGAUAACUACAGUGAUGAACAGAAUUUCUGCCCAGAGUAUUGGAUACCUUUUCGACAAACUUGCUAUAGAUUUAUUCGUUCGCCAAAACGUAACUGGCUAGAGGCAAAGAAAAUCUGUAAAGCUUACAAUGCUGAACUCUUAAAUGUGGAUAGUAUUGAAAAACAUUCUUUCAUACUUAAACAAUUGAUAAUACAGAAUCAGCGGCAAAAUCGCUUUUGGAUAUCUGCGCGUCAAACUGGACCCAAUAGCUGGGCAAAUGAUGAUAACUCACCAUUCCUUGUAUUGGAAGACUCUUUUGCACUCGACGAAAAUCAAGCCCUUGAAUACGAAAAUUUACAUGACAACCGCUUCCUGGUACAGAAUAUGUACCAGACAGAAUAUAAUCGCAAUACUCCGAAUCAGUUCUACAAUACCAUAUCCGGUUCAGUAAAUAAUCGAAAUCAAAACAAUUUGCGUGGCUUUAUCGGUCCGAAUCAAUAUGGUGAUAAUCCGUUUACCAGAGAUCGUGUUGUUUAUGGCUUUUCAAAAAAACGUGAUCGUUGGAUGUUCAUGCCUGCCUAUGACAUCGAAUUGAACUUGUUCAUUUGUGAAUCGAAAGUACUCUAUAAUCCUGAAAAUGUAAACCUUAAAUUGGACGACAAACGCCCCUUUCACUAUGGAUUAGAUAUACGGGAUUUUGAGAAAAUUCCACGUGGUCCUUAUUUUGUAAAACAACCCAACGAUACAACAUUCGAUACUAGUAAAAAUCGUCUGAUAAAUGAUGUUACACUGAGUUGUUUGGCUGGUGGGUAUCCCACGCCCACUUACCGCUGGUACCGUGAAGUCUAUGUCAACGAUACGCUUGAGUAUAUAACCAUCGAUCCGCUAACGAACGACCGUUACACAAUUUCUGGUGGCAACCUUAUAAUAUAUGAUCCAAAACAGGCCUUAGAUCAGGGCGCCUACCAUUGCGUGGCUGAGAACAAAUUCGGACGCAUACGCUCCGAGAGUGCGCAUUUGAAUUUCGGUUUUAUUAUGGAAUUUAAUCUUAAACGUUCAGCUGAAACUGCUGAUAUGAAUUGGGGCAAAUCGAUAUUUUGUGAUCCGCCACAACAUUAUCCAGAGGUUAAGUACUAUUGGGCGCGCGAUUACUUCCCAAAUUUCGUGCAGGAAGAUCAACGUGUUUUUGUUUCGAAUGAUGGUGCGCUCUAUUUUUCUUCCAUCGAGAUUGUUGAUCGUGCCAAUUAUUCGUGCAGUGUGCAAACUUCGGUUUCCGAUACGGGGCGCAAUGGCCCAUUUUUCCCACUACGAGUGGUGCCGAACAGCAACUAUCAAUCGCUGAUAUUCGCAAAUGCUUUCCCAAAGGUUUUCCCCGAAGCGCCCAUCGCUGGCGAUGAAAUCCGUCUCGAAUGUGUCGGUUUCGGUUAUCCAAUACCUUUGUAUAAUUGGACUAGACGCGGCCAACCCUUACAACGAAACGCUUUCGCAACAAGCAACAAUCGUGUCCUAAUCAUUGAGAACGCAACCAUCAAUGACAAUGGCGAAUAUAUAUGCACCAUCUCCAACCCACGUAAAACUAUACACAAAUCGAUUCACAUCAAUAUUCAAAUGAAGCCACAAUUCGUAAUUCCGUUAAAGGACAAAAUCAAGGACUACAAUGGCGAUGUGACGUUUAUUUGUGAAGCAUUUGCCAUACCAGACGUUAAUUACACUUGGUAUAAAAAUGCGGAGCGCUUCGAUCCAGAGCGCAUAGAUAAAGAUCGUUAUAUAAUACAGGAUAAUGUGCUUACUAUAAAGUAUUUAGACCCAGACAAGGAUAAUGCCAUGUAUCAGUGUGGGGCUACAAACCAAUUGAAGACUGCUUUCUCAUCCGCACAAUUACGCGUUCUCUCCAUGAAGCCGUCAUUCAAGAAAAGACCACUCGAAUCGGAGAUUUAUGCUGUGCAAAAUGGCAACACUACCAUCGUUUGUGAUCCUGAAGCGUCGCCACGGCCUAAAUUCCAAUGGAAAAAAGAUGGCCAGCUUAUUGGUGCUGGCGGACAUAGACGCAUAUUACCCAGUGGCACGUUGAUAAUAGCACCGACAUCACGUGACGAUGAAGGCCUAUACACAUGCGUGGCCACAAACAAAGCAGGCACGGACGAAUCGCGUGCGCGCGUCAUCGUUUUGCAGGAGAUGCGUUUUACACAGACACCACCUUUACGCAUUACCACACAAGAGCACGAUCUAAUAUUCCUGCAGUGUGAUGCGACCUAUGAUGUGUUACUCGAUAUUGCAUUCGUUUGGAAACAUAACGGCGAGAUAUUGCGCAACAAUCACGACGGUACAGAACGUAUUAUAAUAGAUCGGAAUCGCCUCACUGUGCAUAAUGUAACACUGCUGGAUGGUGGAGACUAUGAGUGUGUAGUGAAAUCGUCUGUUAAUGAGAUCUCUUCCAAAACUGCUGUGGUCAUUGAAGGCGCACCGGGCGCACCUGGUGGUGUGCAAGUGGUUGAAAUUGGCAAAACAAAGGCGAUCAUUGAAUGGGUUGACGGCGCUAACAAUGGACGACCCAUACGUUACUAUAACAUACUUGGACGCACCAAUUGGAAUCGCACCUGGGUGAAUGUGUCCACACAUGUUCGUGGCCGUGAGGUAGAUCGGUAUACAAGUCGGCAGCAGGCGGAAGUCUCGAAUCUUAUACCCUGGUGUUCAUACGAAUUUAGCGUAUCUGCGGUUAAUGACUUGGGCAUUGGCAUACCAUCCACUCCAUCGCCGAUCUACAGUACGUACGAAGACAAGCCGUAUAUUGCGCCGCGUAACGUCGGUGGUGGCGGUGGCAAAAUUGGUGAUUUGACGAUUACAUGGGAUCCAUUAUUGCCACAAGAACAGCAUAGUCACGGUAUACACUACAAAGUGUUCUGGAAAUUGAAAGGCACACUGGAAUGGGCGUCAGAGGAGCUAAAAAUGCUGCAUAACGAUGGUGUGGCGGUCGUUAAUAUACCGCUCAACAACUAUUACACCGAAUACGAGGUAAAGGUGCAAGCCAUUAACAAUAUUGGUAAGGGUCCAGAGAGUGAACCGGUAGUUAUAUAUUCGGCAGAAGAUAUGCCGCAGGUGGCGCCCCAAAAACCAUUUGCUAUUCCAUACAAUUCCACAGCUUUCAAUGUAACUUGGCAGCCAAUCGAAAUGACACGCGAAAAUAUACGCGGCAAAUUGAUUGGGCACAGGUUGAAAUAUUGGAAAACGACACAUAAUGAAGAGGAUUCUGUAUAUUAUUUGUCACGCACUACAAGGAAUUGGGCGCUGAUUGUUGGAUUGCAGCCGGACACAUAUUACUUUGUGAAAGUGAUGGCUUACAAUGCGGCUGGCGAGGGGCCAGAAAGUGAACGUUUCGAAGAACGCACGUAUCGAAAGGCGCCUCAAAAGCCGCCAUCAUCAGUGCAUGUGUAUGGCAUUAAUCCUUCUACCGUGCGUGUUGUAUGGCGAUAUGUAUCACCAGCACAAGAUGAAGAGCCAAUCGAAGGCUACAAGGUGCGCGUUUGGGAAAGUGAUCAAAAUAUGAUAACAGCCAACAACACGAUAAUCCCGGUAGGCGAAAAAUUAGAGGCAUACAUUACAAAUCUUACACCGGGCAAAACCUACAAUAUGCGUGUACUGGCAUUCAGUAAUGGUGGCGAUGGUCGUAUGUCCAGUCCUACAUUGCGCUUCCAAAUGGGUAAAACGACGCGCAAUCAUGGAAACCGUCACUACCGCAGUGGCCUUAAUACGGUAUUAGUCGUUAGUUUAUUGUACCUCAUAUCAAAGUACCUAAACAAUAACUGAGUAGCGCCACAAUACGUAUAAUUUUGAAAACAUUCGAAAUAAAUUCCGUCCAUUUUGUACUCGACGAUUAAUGUGGGAGAGUAUGUCCAGAAAUGUAUUUAGAUUUUUUUUUAAGAAAAGCGAAAAAGCAUUCCAUGAAGUAAUUAUGUGACACAGAGCGAAUGCAUUUAGUUUUUAAGAAUAUUGUACAACUGUUAUUAUUUUACAACGCAACGAUUCCGUCUUUUUACAUGCAUACGUACAUACAUAUGUGCGCGUGUAAAUCAAUCUCUAUUCACAUUUCUAAGUACAUAUAUUUAGUAAAUAACUGAAUCUCUACCAACUCGUAUUGUAAUAAAAGUAUACAAUCACACCAUUCAUACAUAUUUUAUAAUGAAAGUGACCUUAUUAUUCAUAGUUAAGCGCAAAAAAAGAUUAACUGUAAGAAAAAUCCAAUUUUUUUGUAGUUUACUUAAUUAUACAGUAUCGUAGAAUAAUUAUUUUGCAAUCAAAUUCAUUUUCUUUUACACAACGUUCUGACGAAAACUGAUUUGUUUAAAUUCCUUAGAGCAUAAGGUCUCGACAGCUAGUGCUCCUAUAUUUAAAUAAAUAUCUAUAUUUCGAUAGUUUUGUAUACUUUUCAUGGAAUUGAAAAUAAAUUAAAUACAGAAAAAUGUGAAUUCAUAUA